GUUAUGCUUGCUGUAACAUCUCCGCCUCCGCCGCUCUUCAGACUAGAACCCACGUGAGCUACGACAUCAAAGGAGACGUCGCCGUUGUACGCUUCAACACCCCAAAUUCCAAGGUGAACACUCUGUCCAGACAAUUGAACGCGGAGUUUACGGAUGUGAUGAAUGAGAUCUGGGCCAACGAAGCUGUCAAAAGUGCCGUCCUCAUCUCUUCGAAGCCAGGCUCUUUCAUUGCUGGAGCAGAUAUCGACAUGAUUGAAGCCUGCAAAACUUCUCAGGAAGUGACUCAGCUCUCUCAGGAAGGACAGAAGAUGCUAGAAAAAAUUGAGCAGUCUCCAAAGCCCGUAGUUGCUGCCAUCAGUGGCUCCUGCCUGGGAGGAGGACUGGAGGUUGCCAUUGCCUGUCACUACAGAAUAGCAACAAAGGACAAGAAAACAAUUUUGGGAACACCUGAAGUGUUACUGGGUCUCCUGCCAGGGGCAGGGGGUACUCAGAGGCUACCAAAGAUGGUGGGACUUCCUGCUGCUUUUGAUAUGAUGCUGACCGGAAGGAACAUCCGUGCAGACAGAGCAAAGAAGAUGGGUCUGGUUGACCAGCUGGUAGACCCACUAGGUCAGACAUGAUGCCUC